AUGCGCGCAGCGAACCUCAUCGUCUCCGUUGUAGUUGUUGCUGUCCUUCAUGGCAGGCACCACGAAGCUCUUGCAGCGACAAAGUUGGGCGACGAAAAAGAUUCGUCGCAGCGCGCGGUCACGAGUGUCUUCCGUACGUCGGAGGCUCCUCCCCCCAUGGCUUCGACUGCACGCCACUUCUUGAGCGGUGAGGUGGUGAGCCCAUCUGAAGAGCGAAUGGGUGUGGAAAAGUCGAUCAUGGAAAAGGCUGUUGGGUUUGUGCCAAACGCGGUCGAGAAAGUAAAAGAUUUCUGGAAGAUACGAUGGCUACGGGGGCAGAUAGCCAAAGAUCGUAAAGCGUUUGCACCGUUUCUCAAAAAGGGUAUUACCCCCCGACACAUGAGUAAAGCGUUACGGCUUCGGGAAGACGCCACGCGCGAGAAUGAUCUUAAUAUGCUGUCAUAUUACGAGGCGGAGUAUGAGAAGCAUGUUCUACGCAAGAAGCGCGCACGAAAGAGCAAGAAGUAG